GACAGCCGCUCCGAUGAUAUGAUUGGCUGAGGAGAGCGAGACUAGGCCCUUCAAAAGGCAGCAGGGGGCGGGCUCUGCCUGCUCAUUGGCUGGGCGGCCCGUCAGUCUGACCUGGCAUCUGGCGGUUGCUCGCGGAGCGGCCGGCGCGGUGGGCAGCGGCAUGGAGUCGGCGGAGCUCGGGAACCUGGCCGGCGUCCGGCACGUCCUGCUGGUGCUGUCGGGGAAGGGGGGUGUCGGGAAGAGCACCGUGUCGGCCGAGGUGGCCUUGGCCCUGCGCCACCACGGCAAGAAGGUGGGCAUCCUGGACGUGGACCUGUGCGGGCCCAGCAUCCCUCGCAUGCUGCGCGCGCAGGGCCGGGCCGUGCACCAGUGUGACAGCGGCUGGGUGCCCGUCUUCGUGGACCAGGAGCAGAGUAUCGCCCUCAUGUCCGUGGGCUUCCUGCUCGAGAAGCCCGACGAGGCUGUGGUGUGGAGAGGCCCCAAGAAGACCGCGCUCAUCAAGCAGUUUGUGUCGGACGUGGCCUGGGGGGAGCUGGACUACCUGGUGGUGGACACGCCCCCGGGGACCUCGGAUGAACACAUGGCCGCCGUGGAAGCCCUGCGCCCCUGCAGGUGCCUGCAGGCGCUCGUGGUCACCACGCCACAGGCCGUGUCCGUGGGGGACGUGAGGCGGGAGCUGACUUUCUGUAGGAAGACAGGGCUGCAGGUGCUGGGGGUCGUGGAGAACAUGAGCGGCUUCUCCUGCCCGCACUGCUCAGAGUGCACCAACAUCUUCUCCCGGGGCGGAGGCGAGGAGCUGGCCAGACACGCAGGCGUCCCCUUCCUAGGCUCCGUGCCCCUGGACCCUGAGCUUGGCAAGAGCCUCGAGGAGGGCCGGGACUUCAUCCAGGAGUUCCCCAAGAGCCCAGCGUUCCCCGUGCUCACUUCCAUAGCCCAGAAGAUUCUGGAUGGGACGCCUGCCCGCAUCGCCUGACCCAGAACCCACAGGGACUGCCCUGCACGCCAUGUGUUGGCCUGCACUUUGCCCAGCUCGGCCCUUGCCCAAGCUUUGAUACUGUCUGGGAACCUGCUCCUGGCUGCGAGGGAGGGUAACUAGGCAACCCACCCAGCUGCCUUCUCCCCUUAAUUAAACAUCUCCAUUGCCACA